AUGGACGUCGACUUGAUCCAGGUCGUCAACAAGCUCCAGGAGACCUUCACCGCCAUUGGCGGUGACUCGGUCGACCUGCCUCAGAUCGUCGUCGUCGGUUCCCAAUCAGCAGGUAAAUCCAGUGUCCUCGAAACCAUCGUCGGCCGCGACUUUUUGCCUCGAGGCAACGGUAUUGUCACCCGCCGACCCCUCGUCCUCCAGCUUAUCCACACUCCUUCCGCCAGCGACCAGGUCAAACAGGUCAAGAAGUCUGCGCGCUCAUAUGACCUCUCCGAUGGCCUUGCUCCUGAUAUGCAGCGUGGUGGCUCCCACGCCUCUUCCGGCGGUAGCAGGACACCUACCUACGAAGAGUACGGCGAGUUCCUCCACCUCGACAAGCGCUUCACCGAUUUCAACGAGAUUCGACGCGAGAUCGAGAACGAGACCUUCCGUGUAGCCGGCCAGAACAAGGGCGUCUCCAAGCUGCCCAUCCACCUCAAAAUCUACAGCCCCAACGUUCUCAACCUCACCCUCGUCGACUUGCCCGGUCUCACAAAGAUCCCCGUCGGCGACCAGCCCUCGGACAUCGAACGCCAGAUCCGUGGCCUCGUCACCGACUACGUAUCCAAGCCUAACUGCAUCAUUCUCGCCGUCAGCCCCGCCAAUGUUGACCUCGCCAACUCGGACAGCCUCAAGCUCGCCCGCACCGUCGAUCCUCAGGGCCGUCGCACCAUUGGUGUGCUCACCAAACUCGACCUCAUGGACCAGGGCACCCACGCUCUCGACAUCCUCACCGGCCGUGUCUACCCGCUCAAACUCGGCUUCAUCGGUGUCGUCAAUCGAUCGCAACAGGACAUCAAUGGCAACGUCUCGAUGCUUGCAGCAAGGAGGGCCGAGGAGGAAUUCUUCCGUUCGCACGCCGCAUACAAGAACAUCGCACAUCGAUGCGGCACCAAAUACCUCGCCAAGACGCUCAAUCAGGUGCUCAUGAGCCACAUUCGCGACAAGCUCCCCGACAUGAAGGCUCGUCUCAACACGCUCAUGGGUCAGACACAGCAGGAGCUCGCUGCGUUCGGCGACACCACUUUCCUCGGAGACCAGCACCGUGGUUCGCUCGUCCUCAAGCUCAUGACGCAGUUUGCGCGUGACUUUGUCGCCUCAAUCGACGGCACAACCUUCGACAUUUCGACCAAGGAGCUCUGCGGUGGUGCCAGGAUCUACUACAUCUUCCAAGACGUCUUUGGGCAUGCGCUCACCAGCAUCAACCCGACACACAACCUCACCGUGCAGGACAUCCGCACCGCCAUCCGCAACUCGACUGGUCCGCGCCCUUCGCUCUUUGUCCCAGAGGCGGCAUUCGAGCUGCUCAUCAAGCCCCAGAUCAAGCUGCUCGAGCCGCCAAGCUUGCGCUGCGUCGAGCUGGUAUAUGAGGAGCUCAUGAAGAUCUGCCACAACUGCACCAGUUCCGAGCUGCAGCGCUUUCCGCGUCUGCACGCCCAGCUCAUCGAGGUGGUCUCCGAGCUGCUGCGCGAACGUCUCGGCCCCACCUCCGAGUACGUCCAGAGUCUCAUCCAGAUCCAGGCCGCCUACAUCAACACCAACCACCCUGCCUUUGUGCACGACUCGGCCAACAUUGCGCGCGAGCAGCGCGAGGCUCAGGCGCGCAAGCAGGUCGCCUUGCUGCCUGCUUCGUCUCGACGCAAGACCUCGUUCGACGACCCCGCCGACGUGUCCAACGAGUUUUCGGAUGACGAUGCCGACAGCGCCAACUCGCGCAGCCUCACCGUCAACGGAGUCAGCUCCAAGACGGGGGGUGGCAAGAAGGAGCGAUCGGCUUCGACGAACGAGUCGCGCCCGCACUCGGCGUCGGCCCCGGACGGCAGGAUGCACCAUACGAUCGGUCAUGCGUCGGGAAGCGGGUUUGCCAACGGUGCCGGCGCUUCGGCUGGCGGUGGAGCGAAAGACACUUUCCUCAACUACUUUUUCGGCGGAGCGUCUGGGUUGCCUGUUGGUGGUGUGGGGCCGUCGUCGGGUUUGGCUGGCUACCACGCACCUGCGUCGCACGCGCACCAGCCGAGGAUCUCGGAGUACAGCCAGGCUCGCGAGCACAAGCCCAACGCCAUGACCGGUCGCACGGGCCUCGAAGGCAACUCGGCGGCCUACGACAUGAAGUCGCUCGACAAGCAUCUCGAAGCCACCCCCAUCUCGUCGGACGAGUAUGCGCUCUCGGACCGCGAAGAGCUCGAGACCACCCUGAUCCGGUCCUUGAUAGCGAGCUACUUCAACAUCGUCCGUCUGAGCAUCCAGGAUCUGGUGCCCAAGGCGAUCAUGCAUCUGCUGGUCAACUUCAGCAGGGAGUCGGUGCAGAACAGGUUGGUGGCGAGUCUCUACAAGGAGAACCUGUUCGAGGAGCUGCUGUAUGAGGAUGAGGGGUUGACGAGCGAGAGGAAGCGCGUCAAGCAGCUGUUGGAUGCGUAUAGGGAGGCGUUUAAUACGCUCAGCGAGGUGACGUUUAAGCCCAGCGGGAGUUCGUGA